AUGCGUGAGAUGCACCCGGCGAUUGCGGAGCUGAAGCGGCGGAGCCGGGCCGUGGGGCAACGACUGCAGCCACUUGACGGGCGGCCGACGAAUAUUGUACCGAAGCCGCCAACUUACCGUCGGUCGUCUGGGCCCACCGGGCAGCACGCGUCCACGCUGCGCCCGUAUCCAAGCGGUCAGAUCUCUCAGUCCUGCACGGCGUCAGGGUUUGCGUCGACAGAAAAACUGGAUGGUGGCAGAGGCAGCCAACACACUCCCAUCAAUUUUGCCGACGCCACAUCAACAAAUACAACAACAACAACAAAGAAGAGUUCCAGUGCCAAUAAAGUCAAGGGCAGAGAAAGUGUGUCCGGGUCAGUUGUGCAGCGUAUGCCGACCAAACCCACAUCCGUGGUACGGAAUCCCAGGCCGAGGAAUGAUGCCUCACAAGGGGAACGCAUUACAUUGCGUGAACACGCAUCAUCCCUUGUUAUCUCGAAAGACAGGUCACGGGAUAUUGAAGGACACGCGGCUGCUGAAGGAUCGAUGGCAUCCCAUGGAUUGCCCUCUGACGGCAAGUCUCACUUAUAUGGUUAUGUUUAUAGCGAGUGGAAAGACAAAUCGAAUGCAUCUAAGUCAGAGAUGUUUGCUUCAAAUAGGGAUGAGGAACUGUAUUUAUUGGAGAAAUACAGGGAUAGUAGGGAGUGGAAUAAGAUGUUACCACGGUCUGUCCUUGAUGUUUUGGAGGGAGAGAAAAUAGAGGAUCCCUUCACGACAGAUAUCUGGACACGUGCGUUAAAGGAGAAAGAAAAAGACAUUUCCGGUUUUUAUGCUUGCAUUCGCUGUCAUGUACCUCUUGUGGCUUCAAAAUACCAGAUCCCUUUUUUAGUGCGUGGGAUAGCGGCGUUUUCUCGUCUGAAUACAGAAGCAGUGGAGGUAAGCGUUGGUGGAUUUUCGGCCGUAACUUCUUCUUUUACAAAAAAGGCCAAUCCAUUGGAGCUGCAUGUACACUGUCGAUGCUGCGGAGGGUUUUUAGGUAUUCUUGCCCCUUGCACCGACAUUGAAUCCGCUGCAAGUUCUCGAGCAAUUUUUGCGGUGAACAGUUGUUGCUUGGAAUUUAUAAGAGGUUCCCACACUCAAUGUUGUCUGGAUGGAGUCUAUGGUGGAGACGAAGACGGUGCAAGUGACGGGGGAAUUGUCACAGUGAAUUCUCUGGAUGGUGGUGAAAUUAACUUUGAUGAUCCCAAUAUAUUUGAGAUGUAA